AGUGGAAAUAUACCUUAUCUGCCCUUAAUUAAAUUAUUGUUUAUAUUUUAUUCUUGCAAUAAUUACUGUAUUAAAAUAUUUUAACAUUUUAACAUUAUUUUUUCAUUUUCUUGGAUUGUUUUGAAGCGGAUGAAUUGGGAUAUAGAUAAUGGAGCUGUGCUAGCAGACAUUUCUACAACCAUAUUCCCUAAUCUUGCUUUUGCAGAUUCUUGUUCAAUAGCGUCCAUAUGAAUCAAAAGUCUGAUUUUUUCUUCUAGUUUUUCUCAUUCUCUCUACAUUAUUACUGCUUAUUGCACCCAUAAUCUACUUAUUUUAAACUCAAACAGGCUUGAAAUUGAGUCAAACUCAAAACCUCAAACACCCACAUGCUUGAUUAGUUUGAUUUCAAGAUUUCAUGAAGACCCUUUGAAUGCAAGAUUGUGCUGUCAGGUUCUUUGUCGGGUGUUUUGAUUUGAUUGCUAUUCUUAAAAUAAUAUUUGCUUAGUUUGUUUCUAUCUAUUUCUCCAUCUGGAUUUUUGGUCGUUAUCUGAAUGUUUUAAAGGAGCUGUUUGGAAAUUGAAAAAAGCUGGAAUCUUGGGAAAUUCUUCCUCUGAUGUGGGUGUUCAAGAUGUUCUUUCCCUCAAUUCUUGGUCUUUAUCAUACAAAUUUGAAGCAAUUUGGUGGAUAAGAUAUAAUUUUCUAACUGGAGGGUUGGGAGGUCGUAGAUUCACAUGAAAUAGCAUUCUGAAUUUCACUUAAUAUCUUUAGAUUCAUACGAGCAUAGCUGGAAUUCAGAAAGUGUUUUCAAUUUGGUAUUGUUUGAGGUUAUUUUUAGAGGUUAAUUUCUUGGUUACGUGAGUUUAUCCAUGUAAUUGGAUUUGGCUUUAAGGUGGGUAUCAGCUUUAUGUCACGUUGCUGGUUUUUGUCUCUGAUUUCUCUGAAUUCGUUGAGUAAUGGUGUUAUCAUGACUACCAAGACCGGUUGGCUUGAUGAUGGAGGACGGAUAUUUAUGAAAUUGUGGGAUUUGAUUUCGGAGAGUGGUUAUAAGUUCCACCAUCAUUAUUCCCAGUACAUUGGGUCGAGAAAAGUUAGGAAAAAUUGGUGGAGGAAGCUUUUAUGGGCAUGGAUAGGGUUCUGGAUCGCGGCAUCAGUUUGGGUGUUCUGGUACAUGAAUUCGCAGGCUUACGAGAAGAGGAAAGAGACACUUGCGAGUAUGUGUGAUGAGAGGGCUAGGAUGUUGCAAGAUCAAUUUAAUGUUAGUAUGAAUCAUAUACAGGCUAUGUCUGUUUUGAUUUCAACCUUCCACCACGGCAAGAACCCUUCUGCCAUUGAUCAGAAUACUUUCGCGAGGUACACAGAAAGAACAGCUUUUGAAAGGCCCCUCACAAGUGGGGUGGCAUAUGCUGUAAGGGUUCGACAUUCUGAAAGAGAGCAAUUUGAAAAUGAACAAGGCUGGACCAUUAAGCGAAUGGAUGAUGUCGACCAAACCCCAGUUCAUGAAGAUGAGUAUGAUCCAGCAGGCCUUGAGCCAUCACCGGUUCAGGAGGAAUAUGCCCCCGUGAUUUUUGCCCAAGAUACUGUUGCACAUGUAAUUUCUGUUGAUGUGCUCUCAGGAAAGGAAGAUCGUGAGAAUGUAUUACGUGCAAGAGAAUUAGGAAAAGGUGUCCUCACUGCUCCUUUUCCGUUACUCAAAACAAACCGCCUUGGAGUAAUAUUGACUUUUGCUGUCUAUAAAAGAGAUCUCCCCCCUAAUGUAUCUCCAAUGGAAAGGAUCCAAGCAACUGCCGGGUAUUUUGGUGGAGUUUUCGACAUUGAAUCACUCAUAGAGAAAUUACUUCAACAGCUUGCCAGCAAACAAACUAUCCUUGUGAAUGUGUAUGAUACGACUAAUAUCUCCGAUCCUAUCAGCAUGUAUGGUUCAAAUAUGUCGACUGAUGGGCAGCCUCAUAUCAGUGCUCUUAACUUUGGAGAUCCUUUCAGAAGGCAUGAAAUGCAUUGCAGAUUCAAACAAAAACUGCCAUGGCCAUGGAUAGCAAUAACAACAUCUAUUGGCAUCCUUGUAAUUGCGUUGCUCAUAGGGCAAAUAUUCCACGCCACAAUGAAUCGAAUAGCCAAAGUUGAGGAUGGUUAUCAUCAGAUGAUGGAGCUUAAGAAACGUGCCGAGGCUGCUGAUGUUGCAAAGUCGCAGUUUCUUGCUACGGUUUCCCAUGAAAUCAGAACCCCAAUGAACGGCGUUCUUGGGAUGCUGCGAAUGCUUUUGGAUACCGAUCUUGAUGAAACUCAACAAGAGUAUGUCAGAACUGCACGAGACAGUGGUAAAGCUUUAGUUUCACUCAUGAAUGAGGUUUUGGACCAAGCAAAGAUUGAAUCUGGUAAACUUGAGCUGGAGGCAGUUUGCUUUGAUUUGAGGGCAAUUCUGGAUGAUGUUUUAUCACUAUUUUCUGGAAAAUCACGAGGGGUCAAGGUAUCCCAUUUGAAGCUCAAUCACGUGUAUUCAUCCCCUUCAUGCAAGUUGGGCCCUCGAUCACAAGAACACAUGGUGGCACAGGUAUUGGGCUAAGCAUAAGCAAAUGUUUGGUCCAUCUAAUGAAAGGUGAAAUUGGGUUUGUAAGCUCGCCACAGAUUGGAUCCACCUUUACUUUUACAGCUGUUUUCACCACUGGCUGCUUCAGUGUGAAUGACCAGAAGAGUCAGCAAAUUAA